UUUUCCCUCAGUUGCUGAGAUAGGGUUAAAAAGUUGCUGACCCAGGUUGUGGGUUUUUCUGUUGUAUUAUUCCGUCUUGGAAGUGUCUAUCCCAAUCCUGCAAAAGCAAAACCGUGUCUACUGCCGACGACUUCAGCUGACGGCUCUGCCUUUUCUGAAUUUCCUUUUUAUUGUAUCCUUAAGCAUACGUGCUUGACCUUUUGGGUUCAGUUCAAGUUCAAUGGGUCCUCGACAGUGUCAAGUCUGCAACGAAGCUCAAUCCAAGUACAAGUGCCCUUCAUGUUAUGUACCUUAUUGUUCCCUUGUCUGUUUCAAGAAACACAAAGAAUUUCCAUGUGUCAAGCCGCUAUCAUCAGAUGCCAAAACAACUGCUGUUUUGGAAUCACUUGCAGAAAAGCCAUUAAAAAGGCCAUUAGUUGUUGAUGAACCCAGUGAGGUGUUGAAAAAAUUCCAACUGGAGGCUAUAGCCUCUUCCAGUGAGAUCCGUGAUGCUGUGAAUGAUAAGGCCCUUCAAGAACUAAUUUUCCGUAUUGAUUGUUCCCCAAAUGCAGAGAAUGAACUUGAUAAAGCAAUGUCCGAGGAGGCAUUUCGCUUGUUCACAGACAAGAUUUUAUCAACUAUCAAACCCUAGCUCUAAGCACGUGUUGCUGAAAGAAGAAUUUGUUUGUGGUAGAAAGUUAUAUGAAAGGAACAGCAGAUAAGCAUCUAAAUUUUGCAGGUUUUGGUUAAUCAAUAUUGCUUUUUCUUCUGUACAGCUCUGCCCUGUGAUUCAGCUUUUGAUAUAUAAGAAAUUUUGUAUCUUCAUUGAGCUAGUGUAUUGGUAAAAAGAUUGAUUUCGGUACACACAGGUUUUGCAGUUAUA